GUUAAAAGCGCUCAGUGUCGAGACGGGAACAAACACAUGUCGAACCAUAGUCAGAGCACUCAGACUCAAAGAAUGAAAUUAUGUUUGAGCGCGACUAUAAGGCAAGAGAUACAGAGAGACGCGCUUUGAAAGCUAUUUCAGAAAACGUUUUGUGCGGAGCUGUCCAAGGUGGAGUAGGAUGAUGGAAUGAAGCACCUGUUGCUAUGCAUAUGUCUGCAAGAGAUAACGAGGAUGCAUUUAAUCCAUCUCGACUUGGAAUGCUGUCACCAAAAGUUAUAAAUGGAUUGGCAACUGUGUUACCUGUGAUUUAUGUGUAAGCUACUUCAGACCUAGGUGUUUUUUAUGUUACAAUUGGACACUUUUUAACCGAAAUGUGUAACUGCGAUCAAUCUCUUCAUGGCUGGGUGACACUUAUGAGAAAAAUGCAUGUUAUGGAAUUUGAUGUUUAGAUGGUAGCUAGGCUGUAAAUAUUCAGGUUAAUCUGGAAACCAUUACACGUUGGUCAAUGAUUUACGAGCCUAAUCCUUAGGAGUGCCCAUUUUAAUUCGAGAUCGUGAUAUGGACAUGGAAAAAGUCAGGUGCGUUAAUGAGAUGCAACGAGGUGCUGGGAGAGACGCUCGCGCUGCAGGCUCUGCGGCUCGCUGAUGCCUUGGCACACUUCACGCGCGUCAAUGACGCUAGCUCCGUGGUUAAAGCUGUCACGGCUCAUCCUGCUGACUGCGUGUUUUUAUUCGUGGCUGGCGGUCCAGGGAUGCGGGCCGGGCCCCGGCUAUGGCAACCGCCCCAGGCAGCGCAAGUUGACUCCGAUGUCGUACAAGCAAUACGUGCCUGGUGUAUCUGAGAACAAUCUGGGUGCGAGCGGAAGAGCGGAGGGCAGGAUCACGCGCAAUUCGGAGCGCUUCAAUGAGCUGGUGUGCAACUACAACACUGACAUUGACUUCAAAGACGAGGAGCAUACCAAAGCCGACCGGUUCAUGACCAAGCGUUGCAAGGACUGCCUUAAUAAAUUGGCCAUAGCAGUGAUGAACCAGUGGCCUGGGGUCCGACUGCGAGUAACAGAGGCCUGGGAUGAGGAUGGGCAUCACCCACCUGGUUCUUUGCAUUAUGAGGGCCGUGCUGUCGACAUCACCACCUCAGACCGGGACACCAAAAAAUAUGGCCUUCUUGCGCAGUUGGCAGUGGAGGCUGGAUUUGACUGGGUACACUACGAAUCCAAAUAUCACGUGCACUGCUCUGUCAAAGCUGAUCAAUCUGUAGCAGUGGAGAAAGGGGGCUGCUUUUCAGGAUCAGGACUUGUGACAAUGGCUGGGGGUGCGCAAAAACCUAUGUCAUGUUUGCUGCCUGGAGAGAAGGUGCUUUCCUUGUCCGGGUCAGGUGAAAUUGUUCUCAGCCGUGUACUUCUCUUUCUACAUCGAGAUAGUGAGAGCAGAUCCACUUUUCUCAUUUUUGGCACAGAAAAUGGACAACAAAUGGCACUUACUCCCAACCAUCUCAUAUUUGUGACUCCCAGUUUCAAGCUGCACCACGAGUAUCAUGCUAUAUUUGCCAGAAGAGUUAGGAUUGGGGACUAUAUACUUACUACUGGAGGGGAUAGAGGAAUUCGGCCAUCCAAGGUAGUCUCUAUUUUAUUGGAGGAGAGGAUGGGGGUUUAUGCCCCUUUGACAGAACAUGGGAAUUUAUUUGUGGAUGGCGUGCUGGCUUCCAACUACGCUUCUGUUGAGGAUCACAGACUCGCACACUGGGCAUUUUGGCCGUUCCGCCUCCUGUUUGGCUUUUCCCAUUUAGAGAUGGAAGAGAACUCACAAACAAUGAUACUUAAAAGCAGUGCCAACGUCUCUAUCUGUUCCACAGAUCUGACCUUCCUCACAAAUGUGAUUCACAAUAGUUCAGGCACGUCUUCCAGCACAUGCAGCAAAUUCCAAGAUGCCACAGAUGGAAUGGAAAAUAAACACAGUUUUUUGCAACACUGUGAUUGGGCAGAUGGCCCAAAAAAGGUUUACUGGUAUGCAAGGCUUUUGCACACAUUAGGACAAAUAUUUCUUGACCCUCAGAAGUUUUACUGAUGGUCAAAACAGAAUAUGUGGGCUUAAUACCAACUACACCUGUCUGUGAGGGCUAUAAAACCAUUUGUCUUUUAAAAGAUAUAUUUUUAAACUACUGACCAAAAAAGAAAUGCAGUAGGCACUAAAGCUUGUAUAAUUAAACACCAAAUAUAACAUGCAGUUACAAUUAUUUCACUCUUAAGAAUGUCAUUUUUGUUGUCGUUAAGCAUACAUGUGAAAUAUUGUGUAACUUAAAAACUGUAUUUAAAAAAAAAAAAAAAAAAAAAAUUCAAAUAUGGACAUGAUUUCUUUAAAAUAUUCUCCCUUUAGAUCAUUUUGAGAUUCAAAAUGCAAAUUUGUAUUAUGUUGUUUGUCAAGAAAAUAUUUUCAAAGUGUAAUAAAUAUUUAUUUUUAUACCUUUUGAUUCAUAAUAUAUACAGUAUAUUUCAUGUUAAACUGUUUGUUCAUAUAGUUGUGAUUAUGGCCUGAGACCCUUUGCUAUUGCAGCAAACGCUACAGUUGUUGUAUUCUUAUUUUUUUUUACUGAAAAUUCUUGUAUUUUGUUGCAAAAUAAACCUGAUCUGGUUUAAUUUUGUUCACACAAAACACCACACUAGAGUUGUACUGAGUCCACAAUAACAUAUCAGUUAAUGACAAAACACCUUAAUAUAUUUGUCCUGCACUUGCCAUUUUUCCAAAGAAUAAAAAGUUUUCUAAGUUCUUUCUAAGACGUUCCAAGUAGAAAUGAAUUACCAACUAAUUAUUGAUUUAACAUUGUAUUUACUCAAGUUUAUCAAACGUGACUUCAUGAAAUUGUGCGGCCUGACAAAUUAUGGUCAAUUUCAACUGUCCUCAUGAAUUCUACAGCCAGUUGCAAUACUGGCAUUAACAGGUUGCCUUUUACAAAUUGUAGAGCACACCCUUGUGGACUUUUUUAAAAAGUACACCGCAUGAAUUACUAAACCCAUUUGUUCUGGAAAAAAUGCACCCUGAAAUAAAAUACAUAGCAAUAGAUUAGCAUUAUUUGUGCUAAUAUAUAAGACUGUUUGUGUUAAAAAUUAUUUUUUUUCUGCAUAAAUUAUAAAUACGAUCUUGGGCAAAGCCUCUUUUGUUUUUUUAUUUUAUUUAGCAGCCUUAUGCUAAAAUGCUUUAAAUAUUAUUAUUUUUUCCACAUCAAUCUACACUCCAUACCCCAUAAUGACAAAGCAAAAAAAUGAUUUUUGAUAACUGCAAAUUUAUUAAAAAGUAAAAACUGAAAUAUCACAUUGACACAAGUAUUCAGACCCUUUGCUCUGACACUUGAAAUUUAGCUCAGGUGCAUCCCAUUUCUCUGGAUCAUCUUUGAGAUGUAUCUACACUUUGAUUGGAGUCCACCUGUGGCAAAUUUAAUUGAUUGGACAUGAUUUGGAAAGGCACACACCUGUCUAUUUAAGGUCUCACAGCUGGAAAUGCAUAUCAGAGCAAAAACCAAGUCAAGAGGUUAAAAGUACUGCCUGCAGAGCUUAGAGACAGGAUUGUGUCGAGGCACAGGUCUGGGGAAGGCUACAAAAAUUUCCGGUUGCAUUGAAGGUUCCCAAGAGCAGAGUGGCCUCCAUAAUUCUUAAAUGGUAGAUGUAGACUCUUCCUAGAGCUGGCCGCCUGGACAAACUGAGCAAUCAGGGGAGAAGAGACUUGAUAAGAGAGGUGACCAAGAACCAGAUGGUCACUCUGGUUGAGCUCCAGAGAUCAGGUGUGGAGAUGGGAGAAGCUUGCAGAAGGACAACCAUCACUGCAACACUCCACUGAGCUGGGCUUUAUGGCAGAGUGGCCAGACGGAAGCCUCUCCUCAGUGCAAGACACAUGAAAGCCUUUUCAGUGCAAGACCCUGCUUGGAAUUUGCAAAAAAGCACCUAAAGGACUCUCAGACUGUGAGAAACAAGAAUCUCUGGUCUGAUGAAAUGAAGAUUGAACUGUUUGGCCUCAAUUCCCAGCAUCAUGUCUAGAGGAAACCAGGCACUGCUCAUCACCUGCGCAAUACCAUCCCAAUGCAUGGUGGUGGUAGCAUCAAGCUGUGGGGGUGUUUUUCAGUGGCAGAGACUGGGGGACUGGUCAGGGUUGAAGGAAAGCUAAACGUAGCAAAAUACAGAGAUAUCCUUCAUGAAAACCUGGUCCAGAGUGCUCAGGACUUCAGACUGGGCCGAAGGUUCACUUUCCAAAAGGACAGUUACCCUAAGCACACAGCCAAGACAAUGCAAGAGUGGCUUAGGGACAACUCUGUGAAUGUCCUUGAGUGGUCCAGCCAGAGCCCGGACUUGAACCCAAUCGAACAUCUCUGGAGAGACCUGAAAAUGGCUGUCCACCGAUGGUCCCCAUCCAACCUGACAGAGCCUGAGAGAAUCUGCUAAAAAGAAUGGCAGAAAAUCCCCAAAUCUAGGUGUGUAAAGCUUGUCGCAUCAUACCCAAAAAGACUUGAGGCUGUAAUCGCUGCCAAAGGUGCUUCAACUAAGUACUGAGUUAACGGUCUGAAUACUUUUGUGAAUGUGAUAUUUCAGCUUUUUCUUUUCUUACAUUUGCAAAGUUAUGAAAAAUCUGUUUUUUGCUUUGUCAUUAUGGGGUAUGGAGUGUAGAUUGAUGUGGGGAAAAAAUUUUUUUUAAAGCAUUUUAGCAUAAGGCUGCAACAUGACAAAAUGUGAAAAAAAUGAAGGGGUCUGAAUACUUUCUGAAUGCACUGUAUAUACAGUGUAUAUAAAUACACGCAUAUAUAUAAAUAGUACAAUUAAGUACUAUUUAGCUAAAGUGCUGCAUUAUUUAAAUUAACAGUCGACAAUGUAAACAAUUAAUUGUUUUAAAAAUAAAAUGAUGGUUUUAAAAUAACUGUUGAUUUUGUUGUAACCGCAUGUUUUUUCCUCUUUAUUUUUCACAGCUGUUAAGGUAUACAAGAGGAUUAUUUGGGACAUGGAGGGGGCAGAUGGACAUGCACCCCCCACUGGAGUGGAGAUGUUCUAAAAUCCAGAACAGGCCAAUGGCAGGGACUGUAAUGUAGGCCCGCCCAACCAUUACCUUUAGUGAACCAAUCAGAUUUCAAAUAUAAGCUUAGUAAGGCUCUCUUCAAACCUUUCCUGUUCAAACUAAUCCUGGUGAAAGCUGGGAAGGAGUUAUUAAUCUUGCACAUGACCAUGGGGUAGCAUGAUCAGGAAAUACAGAGAAAAAGCAGUGUCCCAUCGGGUUAUGUUUUAUAAAGAGUCAGUAUAUCAGUUUGAAAUCUAAAAGAACAAACUGAACUGCUGUGCACAGAAUAGGCCUGUGCUAUGUAACUGAAUGGUGCAAUAUCAGAUUUUCAGUUUCCAUCUUUAAAACAGGCAUGAUGAUCUAAUACAGCAUGCUUGAGUAAUAGCGAUUACAUGAAUACAUAUGACUGCAUAUUCACAAAUGGCCAUUGUUCAUUAUAGUCUUCUCCACUGAAUUAAUUAUAUAAUCUGUUUUGAUCUGUUGGGUGUGUUGAGUGCCAUUUUGGUUGCUUGUGACCCAAACUAUGCCACUAAGGUAUUUAAAUGGCUUGUCAGCCUAAACAACAACAAAUCUAAACCUGCUUGGUUUCUUCCACUAGAUAAGAAACAAGUUAUUAUUCAGCAAUGCAUACAGUAUCUCCUAUAGAGAAGGAAAAGACAAUAUUGAUAAUAUUUCAUAAAAUAUUAAAUUAUUAUCAUUUUACAUUUGAGCUCAUUCAUGGUUGUAUUGGUUCCCCUUUUCAUUCUUUGACAAACACUUUUUUUAAAUUAAGAAAUAUGGAAAAAUAUGUUGUAUUAUAUCACGCCUUAGUUGUACAGACUCGUAAUACGGACAACUUUAUUUCAAAAUGGGCAGCUCAUGCAUUUCCACUGUGGGAUCAAUGAAGUCUGUCUCAUUAUCAAUUUAUACUUGUCAGUCUAUGGAGUAGCCCAGUAGUUGACCUUUGAUCAAGGAAUAUUUUGUGGUUUCAUCUGCUCUCAUUUUUACACAGUGUAUAAUGAAUAAAUGUGUCUUUACAGAGAGCAGUGUCUGUGAGCACUAUAGCCAGGUAAUAAACUUCCCUCUACAAAUACCUACCUUUUUAUAAUUUAUUUACACAAACAAUAUAUAAACAGAAUACAUGAAAUAACAGAUAAUUUAUGAUUUGUUUAUUUAUUCAGACAGACAAGUAGACAGACAGACAGACAGACAGGUAGGUAGACAGACAGACAGAUAGAUAGACAGACUGACAGAGAGACAGACAGACAGACAGACAGACAGAUAGAUAGAUAGAUAGACAGACAGAUAGGUAGGUAGCUAGACAGACAGACAGAUACAGUAGAUAGACAGACAGGUAGAUAGAUAUGUAGAUAGGUACUGUAUGUAGACAGACAGACAGACAGGUAGAUAGACAGGCAGGCAGACAGACAGGUAAGUAUAUAGACAAACAGAUAUGUAGAGAUACAGACAGACAAACAGACAGAUAGAUAGACAGACAAGUAAAGAGACAGACAGACAAACAGACAGACUAUAGAUAGAUAGAUAGACAGACAAACAGAUAGGUAGGUAGCUAGCUAGACAGACAGGUAGAUAGAUAUGUAGAUAGAUACUGUAUGU